AUGGCUCAGUGUGUUGUUUGUUGUCCUUGCUUGCUGGUGACAACACUCCAGUACACGUCACUUGGGGACCCUCCACAUGACACACUCCAGUACACGUCACCUGAGGACCUUCCACUUGACACACUCCAGUACACGUCACUUGGGGACCUUCCACAUGACACACUCCAGUACACGUCACCUGAGGACCUUCCACUUGACACACUCCAGUACACGUCACCUGAGGACCCUCCACUUGACACACUCCAGUACACGUCACGUGAGGACCCUCCACAUGACACACUCCAGUACACGUCACCUGAGGACCUUCCACUUGACACACUCCAGUAUACGUCACCUGAGGACCUUCCACUUGACACACUCCAGUACACGUCACUUGGGGACAUUCCACUUGACACACUCCAGUACACGUCACCUGAGGACCUUCCACUUGACACACUCCAGUUCACGUCACCUUGGGACCCUCCACUUGACACACUCCAGUACACGUCACUUGGGGACCCUCCACUUGACACACUCCAGUACACGUCACCUGGGGACCUUCCACAUGACACACUCCAGUACACGUCACUUGGGGACCCUCCACUUGACACACUCCAGUACACGUCACUUGGGGACCCUCCACUUGACACACUCCAGUACACGUCACUUGAGGACCCUCCACAUGACACACUCCAGUGCACGUCACCUGAAGACCCUCCACUUGACACACUCCAGUACACGUCACCUGGGGAUCCUCCACAUGACACACUCCAGUACACGUCACCUGAGGACCUUCCACUUGACACACUCCAGUACACGUCACCUGGGGACCUUCCACAUGACACACUCCAGUACACGUCACCUGGGGACCCUCCACUUGACACACUCCAGUACACGUCACUUGGGGACCUUCCACACAAGUUGUCAACUAACCCGACACGUCUUUCCAUAAGGGACAACUUCUUUAAUUCAUCACGUCAUGUCGUUAACUCCAGAGUCUCGCCUAAAGUUUGCUUCAGCUUAAAACUUUAUAUCUCAAAUAUCUUGUAUUUUUUACAAACUUUAGACCUCACCUUCCCUACCCCCCCCCACCCCACUAGAGUUGGGCUGGAACCCAAAGUUGUUCUAAGUAACUUUAACCUCCACUUGAGUGAUUACGAAGAUUAA